AGAGGAGAGGAAAUUAACCCCAUUCUGCAUUAGACUCUCGAGGCACAAGGUAUCUCCUUUUAAUCUGAUAAUGUGGUAUUUGACUUUUAGAUCAUCAUGAGUGCAGCUUUUCUCUUCCUUCUCCUACUGUCAGGGACAAAUCUCUUACUGAGCACACCAAUUGAUGGGAAUAAUUCUGAAAAACCCAGGCUGCUGGAUGACAUUGCCAUACCUGAUACUUUGUUCAGAAAUGCGGACCCAUGUACUGCCAUAGGCUGCAAGUGGCCCAAAUCUGGGUUCUUAGUGAAUGUGCCUUAUGAGAUAUCUUCUAACUAUACUCAGCGUGAGCGUAGGACGAUCCUUAAAGGUCUAAAGAGCUUCCAUAGGAGAACUUGCAUUCGCUUUGUCCCAAGAAGACCAGAUGAUCAGGAUUACAUCCAUUUUUUUUCAGAGGAGGGAUGCUGGUCCUACGUUGGGCGUCAGGAUGGAGGACAGAAUAUCUCCCUAGAAAGUGAUAGUUGCUUGGAUCUUGCCACAAUACAACAUGAGGUGCUUCAUGCUCUGGGUUUCCACCAUGAACAGGUUCGUUCUGACAGAGACAAAUACGUUCGGAUUCACUUCGAGAACAUUGACGAAGAAGAGGAGCACAACUUCGAUAAGGAGGAAACUAACAACUUGGGGACUCCAUAUGACUUCAACUCUGUCAUGGAAUACUCAAACGAUGCCUUCUCCAAAAAUGGCAAACCAACCAUUGUUGCCAAAUGUAACCCAAAGAUGAAGUUUGGACACGCCAAAAAAAUGAGCUUUAAUGACAUUGCACGUGUCAACAAGCUUUAUAAGUGCAAGUGGUGAGCAUGAAAGUGAAUUUGAUGGAUCCUCCCUGCAUUCACACCCACGGCUAUGACCAAGAAGACGCUGAAUCUGCUGCGGCUGCAAACCUUCUUUCUUUUUCUUUUGGUGGGCUGUAAACAGCGGCUACCACAACUGCGGAGUUUGGAGAAAUCUUUUUGUGCUUUUUAUGCAGGCCAGGCGCCUCCGGCCGCAUUGCUGUCCCCCUUUAGGACACUGGCUUGUGACAUAUCAUGCGCAUUACGCUGCCGUGCGUUAUGCUGUUGUUUGACAUAAUAUCUGGACUCGUUAUGAAUACUCUAUGUAUACGCCCAAAAUUUAAAACAUACAUAGAAAGUUAGAUUUUAUGUUUGUAUGUUUGUUGUUGUUUUUAACUCAAUUAGAACUCCAUGGUUUAAAGAGGGCUGGCUCUAGAUACUACAACUGACCAUAAGCGUCACACUAAACACCAAAUCUGAGCUAACACAAAAAUAUGUUCUAGAGCCCCUGAAAAAUAUCCAUCUGAAAUUAUAUUGGAAUUUUCUUUAAAGUAAUAAGUUAAAAUGACCAAAAUCACAUUUUGUCUGUUUUUUGAAAACCUUUUGUUUGAUCAGGAUUGCAUGUAGUUUAUAAUAUAUAGACAGAAAUAGCAAGCUUCUGUAAUAACCUCAGUUAUUUUGCUGUUGUUUUUCUUUUGCUUUUGGAUUUAGGAAUAUACAAUUAUACUAGAGAAGGCUGAUUAUUUGGUAUGAAAUGAAAAAAAAUAUAUAGGUUAAGGAAACUGCUUGCAUUUUUUUGUGUAACAAUAUAAUAAAUUUG